CCUGCUCAUAUUCGACUCCCCGACUCACCAGAUAGAGACCUUCGUGACCCCGUGGCGAUUGCUGAGGCUCGUGGGUAUGCACCAGCUGUCAGAACUGCUGGCGCACGUCGCAAAACUGUGGCCAAAGCCAACAAAAGCAAGGGUAAAGAAAAAGAGAAUACUGACUACACUCUGAAGCGCACACGUGCUCCUGACGACGAUGAAGAUGAUCCAAGGGCUGUGGCCAAACGCGGCCGGCCCUGUGGGUCCAACAAUUACAGUGCAGCUGAUGUUCAAGUCCUCCUGGACUUGGUCGAAGACGAGCGCCCUCUGGGCCAGAAAGGUUGGCAGGCCAUCCAUUUGAAGUACAGCGAGUGGGCAACGAGCCACGGCCGACCUCCUCGUAAAGCCAUGUCACUCGAAACAAAAUUUAAACAAUUGGUGAAAACCACGAAGCCCACAGGAAACGGUGUUUGUCCACCUGAUGUAACCCGCGCCCACGAGAUCGAUGCACUCAUCAAUGAGCGUGCCGGUACUCGUGAUCUCAACGACUCGGAUUUCGAUGCCGAUGACAGUCAUGAUGACUCGCGAAACAUUACUCCCCCCAUCGAGCACACUGCCAUCACUCGAGCCACUCGCACAGAUGCUCCUGUGCCACGCCGCCGAGGUGCAGCUGCCUCAGAGUUGCUCACUCGCAUCAGCGGGGCCUUUGACCCUGCUGUCCAGCAAGCUCGGGACGAGGAGCGUGCCAACCGAUCCCUUGCAAACACGCAGCUGCUUACCCAAGCACAGCAGCUGCGAGAUGCGAAUGCAGUCACCGAGCAGCUACGUACUCAACUGUAUGACUUACGCACCAGACUCUACGAUGUCGAACGUGAACGUGACCUUGGAAAGCUUCGUGCGGAGAUGAUGCAGAUGCAUGCGUCGGCUCCGAUCCAAGCUCCUCACAAUGUCCAUCCCAACCCAGUUUCUCGUAACACUCGUAACGCUCGUCACCGGUACAAACCCAAACAGCCGAGUUAUACCUAUUACCCUGAUGGAGGCCAAAGUGUCAUCUGGCACAGUGAUACA